AGGGGACUAUGCAACUCUUUUGAGUCACAUGAUCAUAUCAAGUUGUUAACAAACUAACCGAGCAGUGUCUGAUUCAGCGGAAAAGGAAAGUUAACUGUACCUUCUUGGAUAGGUAUCUAUAACUGAGGUUUAAGGAAAGGCAAGUUUUAAAAGUCGAGAAGCCUGAAAGUGAAGGUAAGCUUAGCGAGUGAAUAUUUUUUUGGUUGGAAACGAACCGCCCGUGCGAAUAUGUGUUAUGUCAUGCGACUUUUCAUACAAAUGUUUUGCUGUAUUCCUCAUAGAUUCCUGCCAUUUUUGUUCUUUUUUCUGUUUCACACGUGUUCUCGUAUAGAAGCUAUCAAAUUGAUCGAAACUAGUCGAAAUUUUCGGGUUUUUAACCGUCGCCGAAGCUAUGUUGUGGGUUUUUCGCGAAAAACGAUAAUGGCGGACUGUCGCAAUGUUUUGACUCUUGCCCAAGUAAAUAUUGAAUCAUACGCAGAUAUUAGAAUCAUUGCGGUUGCAUAACUGGAUAUAAAUAAGGCCUUUUGAAGUGAAAUUUACAGUUCUCUUUCACAAAAACUGAUUAGCUGUGUCUGAGAAGCAUACUAAUUAAUGAGAAGGAACGGGCUUUUCAGCAAGAACGGAAGAUGUAAAUUCUUAAGAUGUUUUGUUUAUCGAUCUAAGUUUGAGUUAUAAUAUAAAGGAAUUGGUAUGGUGUUGUGACCCCUACAUUGAAAUUACGCUCGUGAAUUUCCACUUCAACGUGAACAGUGUAGUGAAGAAAACAUGAAUAUUUUGUUCGAAAUAAGUAAGAAUUUUGUGAAUAUUUCACCUAGUAUCACCUGCGUGGGCAUUUGAAUGGUGUGGGAUGGGUCGGGGGUUGGGACGUGGGAGGGGGGUUACUUCAACAAGAUGACAUCAAAAGAAGGCCCCCUAAGGAGUAGUUAAAGAAUGCACUUUAUUGCCUGUUAUUCCUGUUCAGCUUGUUUAAUAUUACCUCAGGGAAUUAAACAAGCUUGUAUGAUAUUAUAUACCCAGGGAAUUAAACAAUACUGCCAGGGAAUAGUGAAAUUAAUUGCCCGUUCCUGUUCAGUUUGUAUGAUAUUGCCCCAGGGAAUUCUUUUAUAAUGAUGCAAUAAUAUCCACAUAGCUCUAAAAAAAUUAUUUAGAUGAUAAAGGAACAUUGUAUACCAUGAAGAACACAUAAUGAUGCCAAGGAGAACAAUUCAUAAACAAAGUUGAGGGGAUUUUUUACUGUUUUCAAUUUAUUAUUCUGUUCCUUUUGUUUCUUUUAUAUAAAGCUAUUCCAAAAAAAAAAGAAAACUUUUUAUUAAUAGAUGACCUCUGACUUAAACACAUAAAUUCUUGAUAUUUUCUUGGUUGAUUUAGGCCUCAAAACUAGGCAUGUUUUCUGAGAUGCUUUCUCUUUCAAAAUCCUUCUUAUUCAACAACUGAAUGCAUUAGGAAAAUGAAAAAAUUGCCAUUUUUAAUGGUUGUUGCAGAGACAAAGCACCUAACAUUCUUUUACUUUUCAGGAUGACAGAGGUAGAAAGCAGUCCAGUUAUGCCAGAAUGGGCCAAACCAAGAGAUAAGAAUGCUCCACCUUCGGUACAAACUUUUAUAUAAUAAAUAAUCUUUGCACAAUAAAACAGAGCUAGAAAUCCUUCAAUAUUGUGUGAUGUUUGUGUAGGAUUCUUAAUAACCUUGCUGCAUAUUUUUUCUAGGAUGGCAAGUCUGUGAUAGCUGCCUUAAAGAAAACAGCCUUUGUGGUCGGUACGGCUUUAAUUUGCUUUGCAGCGGCUAGAAACACCAUCACAUGGUAAGAAAUGUUACAUACUACAAUGUACUGCUCUUUGUGCUCCUUUCCUUGAUCAUCCAUAAAUGUUCCUUUGGACGCUGAUCUCUUGUGAGUCCCCUACUCAGGGGUUGUUGCAAAAUGGUUCUCAAUCUUUCUCUGUUCAGGGCCUUCCCCUUACUAGUAUUGAAAGCAGUCUUGUGACCAUACUCUAAUGUCAUCAGUCUCCUCUUUCUAAUCCCCUCCACUCUUUGAUAUCAAAUAUCAAAACAUAGAACUGUUAUCAUAAUCCUAACUAGUGAACUACUAAGAGUGACUAGCUUCUAAUUUCUUCUUUCAAUGUUACAUCUGAGUCAUACAUAUAGAUCACAAGGAUAAAGGAAAUUAUUGCCGAUUAAAGAUGCUUGUGAUUGUUAAAAAAGUUCUCAUUGUCAGCGCCUUAGGAAAUGUGCAGAGAACAGUAAGGAGAAUAUGCAUGGUGAUGUUAGGGUGUAAAGGGUUUGACAUAAAGACUUCCCUGCCUAGUAUGAACUUUUCCUGCUCUCCUAUCCAGUGGGUGAAGCCCUGGACAAAACUCACUUCAAUCCAAAGCCAAAAAGGAACCGUAAUUCAAAGUAUUUAAAGCUUUUCCACAAUAUCUAUCCUUGCUUUGAUAAUCAUAUUAAGAGAAAUGUUUUCAUUUGAUGCCUCUAAUUCAAGUUAUAAAAAUUUGUUUGAUCACAGGCAUGUGGAACGUGUUUGGGGAGCCUCUGGGGAUCUUUGGCAGGGAUGGUGGGCAAAAUUCCACUCAUUGUUUGGUGGAGAUCAAUUUUUACUUACUGUUGUAGGUAAGAGGUAUAAUCUUCAUAGUCAUCACUUUUCUAAUAAUUUUAAUGUCUUACAGUUGAAUACAUUUUACAAUCUUCCUUUAUCCUGGACUUAUCAUAUUUGACACAGAGCAAAGUAGAAAUAAUACUCUUUCAAUGAAUUUCAAGCCAAAAAAUAAAUUAAAUCUUGAUAGGAAUAUAUUCUAAGACUAGUAACCACUGAUACUAUGGAACCCUCAACCCUUUAACCCUUUCACUCCCACAAGUGACCAAGACAGAAUUUCUCCUUACAAUAUCAAUGCAAUAUCAAACAGAUAAGUCAUGAGAAUUGAGAAAAAUUUCAAUUUGGGGAUAAUCAGUUGGUCCAAUACUAAAUUCUCUGAACUAACAUUAUAUGACUUGCAUGGUUAACAUUAAGGAGAAUUUCAAAUUUGAUCUGGGAGUUAAAGGGUUAACCCCUAGAAUUGACAGGCAUCCUAUUUCUCCUGACAAUAUCAUUGGUAAGUCAAAUACCAAGGUGGUGAGAAUCAAGGAAAUGAUUGCCAGCAAAAGAAGCUCUCCAUACUUACACAAAAUCUUCUUGACAGUAUGAUUUGUGUAUUUUUUAUUUCCUCCAUUUCAACAAUUACAACCUUUUAAAUAAUUGCAAGAAAAAGGAAAUGGAGAAGGGAAUGUUAUAGUGAGUUAAUUAAUUGCCCUUUUAGGUUAAUUACAUUUUUCAUACAGUUAAACAAAAGCUAUACAAAUGUAAGUGUAGGAAAUUUAUCAAAAUCAGUAUGAAGAAUAUAUAUGCAUACUCAUGUCAUUACUGACUUAACUAAUACAUUAAGUUCAAAUCUUCACUCAUUUGUAUUGUUGUUGUUUAGGAACAAAUGUGGUGACAUUUGUUGUGUUUUGGUUAUUCAAUGCAUUUUAUUUGUUUGUGGAUCUUACUGGGUGGCCGAAGUGGGUUCUGCAGUAUAAAAUACAGGAUGGAACAAAUCAGCCGGUAAAUCAUUUGCUGUAAUGAUGUAAAAAAUAAAAGCUGUUAUUAGCACUGAAAUUUAACCUUUUCCCUUCCUUAACACUCCGUGCAAUGUCGGUAUGUUUGCAAACAGAAAGGUGAUGAGACAAGAAAGAAAAUAUCAAUGAUGUUGAAUUGUUUGAUGUAGCAUUAAUUUCUCAGAGUGAAACCACAAGAAAUGUUUUGCAGAUUGUGCUAAGAAUUAAUAUUUUAGGAAUGAAAGAGUACAAGAUUAGGGUUGUAUGUAAACCCAACAAGAUGCUACUGUUUUUCAUUUGGGGGGGGGGGAGAGUUCAAAGUAGAGGUAAAGGUAAAUCAAUCUGCUUUCAAAAAAUCUGAAAGCAGAUAAUUAUUUUAAUGACAACAGAUCAAAUCUGUAGAUGUUUAUUGAGAAAUUCUUAGUUGGUGGAAGCCAGAAAAGACAGGGGGUUUUUUUUUUUUUUUAAGAAGAGUUGGAAGACAUCUUAUUUUAUGUCAUUGCACGUUCUCUUUAAACUUGGUCAGAGAGUGGUAACAACAGUGUUGUAUUAACAGUGUGCUUUUCGUUGUUUCAGCUUGACCACAAAAAGCUCCUGCGUGCAGUGAAGUUGGUUUUAUUCAACCAGAUUGUAGUUGGUGGCCUUUUCUCUAUUGUUCUAUACCCUGUGUACACCUGGCGAGGCUGCCCCUUGGGUCCAGAAUUACCCACCUUCCAAUGGGUGCUGUUUGAAAUUGCAAUUUUCACCUUGGUGGAAGAAGUUGGUUUCUACUACAGCCACAGGUACAUGCAAUUAAAAGUAGAUUUUGAACUUUAGAACUUAACUUGUUGAAAGACAUUCCCAUGAUUUAGUCAGCUUUUUGAGCUUCAUUUUUUUUGUUUUGCUUUUGUUUCCACUAGACUUUUCCAUCAUCCUCGUAUUUACCGUUUUGUUCAUAAGAUCCACCAUGAAUGGACAGCUCCAAUCGGUGUUGUAGCACUAUAUGCCCACCCUUUGGAGCAUCUUUGUUCAAACCUGUGUCCAAUCGUUCUUGGACCAUUGCUAAUGGGCUCCCACAUUGCUACGGCCUGGAUGUGGUUUGCUUUGGCAAUUAUGACCACAGUCAACACGCACAGUGGUUAUCACCUGCCAUUUAUGCCAUCACCAGAAGCUCAUGACUUCCAUCACCUCAAGUAAGAGGAAUUGAUUUGUAUUUAGUGCUGGCCUGUGUAAUGAGAGGACUUGCACAGCUUAGCCCUUUGCUGGUGAUAAUUUUAAGCUUCUUUAAUGAGAAAACCAACCAGAAUAUUUUUAAUGCAAAUUGUUUUAUACAUGUUGUUUACAUGUAGAUUGGAGUUCCAAAUGCAUUUAUGUGUAUUUUUACAAGCCUAAUCUAUAAUAACACGUGCAUGUCUUAAAACCAUUGUAUAGUGGUAUUUCCUGCUCCCUGGAUGUGUACUCUCAAUAAAGGUGCCUUGGUUAACUGAAUGUUGCUCAUGAUAGUAAAAGUGAAAGUAAUUUUUUACAUGUGGAAUAACCAGGAGGACAGAGCAACUGGCCAUGCAAUAACUUAUAAUUGUUAUAUAUUUUUUUGUUUUAGAUUUACUCAAAAUUAUGGAGUUCUUGGUGUUCUGGAUCGCCUUCAUGGCACCGACGUCAUGUUCAGAAACUCAAAAGUGUAUGAUAGACACAUCAUGUUGCUAGGGUUAACUCCCUUAAAACAAACUUAUCCUGAUAAUCCUAAAAAGGGCUCACCAAACAAAAGCAAAUAAUAUGUUUUUCACUUAAAAUCUGUAUUGGCUGUAUGUAUAAUAAUGUACAUGGUGUGCAAGUAAUGUUAUAUAAAGAGAGGAUAUUUGGGCCAUGGUUACUGUAUAGCUUGUUUUGGAGUGUUAUUUAUUUCAUUAUGGUGUGUAUGCUUUUGAUGGCAUACUAUUGUAAAAUAUUAAUUUGAAUGGUUAAAAUUUGAAUUUAUGCAGGAUGGAUUUUUCAACCAAUAGUGAGUUUUUUUUUUUUUUUUUGGUAUAUAUGUUCUCAUUUUUACGAGAAAUUGCAAAGUUUUUUCCUACCCUAACAGUGCUCUCCCACAUUUACGCACUAUAGGUAAAGUAAAUUUUCAAUCCAGUGGAACAAUCCUUUUACCCAUGGAAUUUUUAAGCAAUUUUAGAUGUUAAUGAAAGGGAACUACUGGCAAUAAAUUUUACUGGUUACUACCUGAAAAGGGAAACACUGGCCUAAGACAAGGUGCUUUUUAAACAAUGAU